AUACCAGGCCAAACAAAUCGCUGCCGCUACUCACGACUCAGUCCGUCGUCACCUGGGCCGACCCAUCGUUGGCCGCUUUCAAACUCUCGCUCACUACAACCCACGGCGCUUGACCAGUCCUGGAUCCCGACAAGCUGGACGGUCUUCCGCUCGGCUGUGAUCGAUGACAAGGUUCGCUGCGGUGGUUCGGAUGGACUUGGUCUGUCCUUCGUCUAUUGCUUCAGCCCACGCGCUUGCUGAACAAUUUUCUUGUCCGAUAUUAAAGCUUGCAUACACAUGUGCCAAAGCGGACGACCGGAACUGAAGACUGCGCAGUCUUCCUGGAGAACUGGAAGCCAUCCCUGAGUUGAGCGUUUUCUUAGAUGCCUAGAUUGGUAUCCCUAGGGGCCGACACAGGGUCUUUGUCCAUCCCACUGCACCAUCUGCAUGUGCUGUUUCGAACAGCCCAAGACGCACGCUGCAUAGCUUUGCCGCAGCUUGUGCGACCCUUUGCAUCGAUGAUCUGCGUCUUGGAAGCUCCUCAUUUUCUACGGCCCCGUUCCCGCGGCGUUCGACAACACGGGUAACCAGUCGGCUUUACCUGCUUCUCGAAUCUUGCGCGGCCUGACACACCAGAGGUGAUGUGUACAACUGUGGCUCAGAUGUGGUGCAGUGCAGUGAGCACAGACGAUUCAACUCAGCCAACAGCCGUCGACACGUACAGCAGAGGCUUAACUCGUGUGCCCGCGUCACCUCCCUCGGGAAUUACGGGUGCAGGAGUACUCUGACUUCUCCCUCGCAGUUUGACAGGUGCGUCGCCGCUUCGACUUUGGUUUGCCUCUUCCGCCGGUAUAUGGGCUGCAGACUAGAGAUUGGUCUGUCUGCCAGUGACAAAUAGAACAUAUCCGACCUACCGCGCUGGUCCUGCUGCCUUCGACGUCUCCACGCAUCGGCGCCAGAUCGACUCGACACUUACGCCCCUUCCGCUUGGCGGUACGCCGGCGCCGGCUCGGUAUGUUGAGGUCUGGUGGACUUCUCCAGUGUCAAGUUGUCUAGAUGUCAUUAUGAUGAAACAGCUCGUCUUUAUUUCCAACACUGGGGCAGCCGACCGGCACGUUCUGCAUGGCCAACGUUAGGACGAAAAAUGAACCAUUGGAGUCAGCGAUGUGAACACCAGUGCCUCAUCACCUGGUUGUUAGGCAAAGAGCUAGCGCGUGUGGACUAUACAUCGUGAACACAACGCUAGAAAAGUAGUAAAAUCACAAGCUGCGAGAAGGGAAUGGCGGCGCCGACUUCUCUUCUCCUGCCUCCCGACAGCCACCGCCUGGUCGCUUGCUUCGAUUUCGGGGUCCUGGUCAGACCCGGGCACCAGGUAGAGAGGUGAUGAGACACCUGUUGAUGGAAAAGACCGCGGGAGGAUGACGACCCCUGGUCAUCUCAUCCCCAUUGGUGGCUCGUGCGCUCUCAGCGGCCCUAUCUUAUCGAUAAGAUACCGGCCCAUGUCAUAAGUCCACAGUCUGUGGCCAGCUCGUUCCGCCAAACUCUGUUCAAGCUUCCACGGCGACAGCUCUUUUCUUUGUUCCCCUCCCGACCCCAAGCUUUGUUUUACCUUCCAGCUGCCAUUCCACACCCUGUCGCCGACACAUGAUAGCCAAUGGGGCCUCCUAGGACACUCGGUCGCGGCUGUGCCUCUUCCAUCCGAAGCCUCGCGGGCCGGGCGAAUCGACCAUCCGGACGCCUCCGGCACCAAGCGCGAUGGAGCUCCUCCUCGCGGUCCGUUUCCGAGCUGGCAUUCCCCGAAGAUGACGGCGCUGAGCCGAGCGCGCUGCGACAUGUCCACCUCGAUGCCUCCUCUUCGAAUACGUUCCCGUCGUAUUCCGCGGCGUCCGACUUCCAAGCCCUUCUCCGCCAGGCGUUCCUCGACUGGAAAUCCGCCCCGACACCCCGUGCCCCGUCCCCGCUCGUCGUCUCGUUCACGCCCGCGCCGACAUAUACUCUCGGCCGACGGCAGAAGUCCUUGACGCCGGAGCAGCUAGGCCGGCUCCGAUCGCCGUUAGAUGUGUACGUCGAUGUGGACCCGGCUGGUGAGCGGGCGACGGACAGCAAUGGUCGCGCGGGGCCGCAGACGCAGCGGCAGUUCACACCCGAGGUCAUCGAGACGGAGCGCGGCGGGUUGACGACGUACCACGGCCCGGGCCAGGUUGUCCUCUGGCCCAUACUGGACCUGCAUAGCACGUACUACCCUCACCUGACAGUCCGCUCGUACGCCAGGCUCCUCGAGGAGACGACGCAGGCCGUCCUAGCCGACGGACCGUCCAUCCAGACCUACCUCUCGGAAGAGGACCCCGGCGUGUGGGCCGAAGCCGCGAGGCACCGGACCGGCGGUCAGGAGCGCAAGAUCGCCGCCAUGGGCGUGCACCUCCGCCGCCACAUCUCGGGGCUGGGCACGGCCCUGAACGUCGACGUCGCCGUCGACGGGGACGAGGCGUCAAACCCCUGGGCGAGGUUCGUGCCGUGCGGGCUCGAGGGGAAGACGGCCACCAGCGUCAGGGCCGAGACUGGCGGAGAAGCGUGGAGUCGAUGGGAGCUCGCCGGCGAUGGCAGAGCGAGGAGGGAUUGGUACGCGCGGCGGUGGACCGAGGAACUCGCGAGGCGGCUCGGCGUCCGCACCGCCCCGGCCACGAUUCAUUACCGGCUCGGGUGAAUGGUCAAUUAAAUAGUAUGCGGGACGUCGGCGUGGUGAGCACCACGGCUCCGCUACUCUGCAUGCCUGAAACCCCCUCCGCUCCCGAGGGGGACCCUCAUAUCAAGGUCGGGACGCCCCCCCUGCCCUAUUGUCGAGACCUUUUAACACAUACGUUGUGAUCUUUGUUCUCGGAGGAAGCAAAGCAGCUGGCGCCGGACUCGCACAGCCAGUUCCAACGUGGCUGAACUGGCCUUACUAUAUCCCCGACGACAAGGCAAUCAAAUAAGUCGCAAGCAUCGCCAACAUAAUGAUAUCUCUUCACCCCCAUGUUUCAUCGAAAGAUGCACGUGGAUCCUUCCUAAUGAAC